AUGGAUGAUGAAAAUUUCGACGCCUGUCAUGAGGAACAGGCCGAGCAUUUGCUACCCGAGGCCGAAAAGCGUCGUCGCACAAGCAAAUUUUCCAAAUCCUACUGGGGUUUACAGAUUAUCUUUUCCUUCUCACUCGCACUUUUCAUGCUCUUGAUCAUGAACCAAAUACAACAGAAAUCUUCCUCAAUAACAAACCUGGAUAUGAAGUACGAAACUGUUCGAUUUGGAAGGAAGUACGAUCGAUGGAUGGGCGACCCCCGACCUGAACUGGAGGAGGCUUGGGACAGUGUCAUUGAACAUGUUCGCGAUAUUCCUGUCAGUGAGGCCACUAUUAAGGGCUUUGGCAUUCCAGUGCCUAUCGAAUCCAUGGCCAGAUUUCCCACAGACCAAGGAGGGGAUGUGUUUGGUGAAGUUGAGUUCAAGCACCAACUUCAUUGUCUGAGAUCCCUUCGCGAGUCGAAUUUCCUAUACUAUACACAUUACAAGGACGUGGAACAAAGGCAAAUGUUGAACGUUGAGGAUGUUUACGUCAAGCAGCACAUUGAUCACUGCAUAAAUUACUUGCGGCAGAUUCUCAUAUGCAACGCAGAUACUGGUUUGGUUUUUACCUAUUGGAUGGACAAUCAUGACGAGCCAAAGCCCGACUUCAACAGCCUUCGAGUUUGUCGAGACUUCACCCAAGCGCGUGACUGGGUACAAGAGAAUGGCAAAUCGCUCUCAGUUUGA